AUGUCCUUGAGGAGCCCUUCAAGUAGCGUUGUUCCGGACUCAGAGUAUGAAAAUGAUUCAUAUGAUGUUUUUUAUAACCCGUCUGCUGACAACCUGUACCAAGAGAACGGCGCCCACAAUGAAGUACUGAAAGUUAACCACACACAUCACCCCGAAUCUCCUAAAGCCCAAGACAGUCAUGAAGUACCUGAAUUAAAGUCAAUAUCUUCAGGGGGACGACUUCUUCGCAAAAGAAAAGCCAUACAAAAGAUGCCCUAUAGCUUGGAAAGAAUAAGGCAUCAAGAGCUUCUCCAGGGCUUUGACGUUACGAGUUUUGAAGAUAACUGUGAGCAAAUAGUGCUGCCUAAAAGCGCUGUAAAAGAUAUUUUUCAAGGGGUUUCAGUCCCAGGUCCAGCUUAUUCAAGAGAUAGAGAGAAUUUAGAAGGUAGCCGACGGGCUGAAGAAUUAAAUAGUUCUGGUAUUGCAACUCCACGACAAAGAACCGUUUCAAAUGGAAAUCCAGAAUUAAGGUCACCGGACUCCAUCGUUAAUGAUAUUCAGGAAGAACGUAAAAGGGAUGUCGAGGAUGAAGGUAGGGCAGAUCUUGUACACACACAGGAGCAGAUACUGUUCAGAGGAAGAGUACUCAAUAUGAAAACCGGUUAUCGUGGUGUUUUACCUAGGGUUGCCUGGGAGAAGUCCUUGAAGAAGGCCGCUAACAUCAGAGGACCGAAGAGGCGGAAGCUAUUGGCAGACCAAAAGGGUGUCGCGAAAAGAAGACUGGCGCCACACAAAAACAAUCAAGAUGAUUUAUUACUAAAUGACUUGAUUGCAUCCGAUGAAGAUUCAGAAAUCGAAGAGGAAAACCUAUACAAUUUAGGAAAUCAUGUCGAUCCUCAUUACUGGCAUGAACUGGAGGAGUAUUAUAAAGGAAAAUACAUGGAUGAUUAUUUGUCUGAGGAAAGCAGCGAACCGAACGAACUUUUUGAAAGGGGGAAUGAUAUAAUCGAUCUAGAACACAAUGAUGACGAAUCACCAAUCAGACGUCCGCUUUACGGGUCUUCUCCCAUCAUUGUUCAUGAGCAAUCUGAACCCGGAACAGCUAUGACUUCUUUUAGUAAUGAUAAGAAUCGAAAAUCAUCGCAAAGAAGCUUGUAUAGACACUUUUUGAGAGAUGCUGGCUCACCAGGUUUCGUUCAUAGAUCCAAGAGAAGAGUGAGAGCUCAGAAUGCCACAAGCAGUAGAAACACCGCCGCUAUGUCAAAUAAAACAGAUUCGAAAUACGUGAGCAGAAAAUCAUUCACUGAUGACCAGCCGAAGAUUAAUAAAAACAAAUCAAAAAAACCUGGUAUGCCAAUCCCCGGUAUUUUUCCUGGUCCGUCAUCCGACCUUAACAGGCGUGCGAACGUUUUCAGCACUGUAGUGGAGGCUCUAAGCAGCCACUAUGUAUCUAGAGGUACAAGACAAAAUGGGGUACCGCCCGCGAAGACCCAGGUUUUCGAUAAGGCACACGAAGAGAGUAAAAACAUGCCUUGUGGCGGCGUUUUUGAUUCUCUUUUGACGAAAAAAUCGAUCAAAGCACCAGACAUUGUCAAGAUAAUGCUAUCGAAUAAACAGUAUACUUUGUCUAAAUUAGAUGACAACGGGACGUUCGCCACUUUGAGAAAUGUUUUUAAUCACAUAUUGAAUAUCGGUGUUACUGACAUCGAGUUGGUAAAACUCUCUGACACUUUAACGUUAUUUUUGCUUUAUUAUAACAGACCCGGUAUCCACGAAAUAUUGUCCGAUUUUUACAAAAGAUUUACAUUCAAAGUGGUGGCUUUGAGGGAGGCCGCUAAACCCAUUCACUUCUAUCAGAUAUCCCUAUGCCAACUGAUGUUCUUGGAGCUGUCGAGAUGUUCAGAUAUAGCAAACAGUUUUAAAACUAAGUUGGAGACUACAAUCAUUCAUAACGUUGUCUCAUUUUUUGAUCUCAUUUCUGUUUGUGAGGAAGACAUGAUAUUGUCAGAGACAAACUAUCUUUCCAGCUCUUACAGCCUGUUAGCUGCAAUAAUCAAAGAAAUUGAUGCCGUGGAACGAUUGUGGAAUCUCUUAGGUACGAAAAAAGUCAAGCAUCAAGUCUUCUUCAUUCUUUUGAAGCUUUUUCCUCCCAAGCAAGAAAACUGGCGUCUGUUGCAGCUAGAAAACAGAUAUACAGCUAUGUUAAAUGUUCUUAAAAUUGUGAAUUUUUGUCUGUUCGAAUUGAAUUGGCCAGUCACUGACGAACUUGUUCUUUUGUUCCACCGACUCUACAAAACUCGAAGAUUUGAGAAUUUUAGUGAAGAAGAAACAAUGACAACGCAAAACCAGGUAAUUACCUCUUGUCGACAGGAGUUUGUCAGCAAAACCAUUUUCAAUAGUUAUCUGGCCAUUUUAAGAUCUACUGCAUUGAGUUCCUGCCUUGUUGAAAAAAUAGUUCCAAUAAGUGAAGUUUCGGAAAAUGACUCUCACGGUAUUGUUAUCAAUAGAACAAACUUAUUGCUUGCGCUUGCCGAAAACUCCUCCAUUAAUCUCGAAAAAAGAGUGGAACAGCUCCUUCGUCCUCUGUUGACCGCCGAAUACAUAAAAUCAAAAAACAAAAACUCCUUGGAGAUGAUAUGUGGGUCUAUUUUGAGCAGUUCAAUUUGUUUGUUCGAGAUAAAUGCGUUCAAAAAAUAUUCUUUUCGAGCUAAAACUAUUGUUUCCUGCUUUAAAUUAUUGGUUUUUGAAAGAGAAUAUCUAUCCAAUAUAUGGAUCACUUUUCUGGGGCACUUAGAGAAAAUAUUAGAAAUCCAAAGUCACUCGUACACAAAUGUCCUAAAGGACAUAUAUCCAUGCCUUCUUCUGAUGGCUCAAAAAAAAUACUUUCAAAAUGGCAUGAUCAUACUAAUGAGGCUAUAUAUGCGUAAGCUAAAUGAGCUUGGUCCAGCAUGGGUGGAGGCCAAUUUAUUUCAAGGUUUCAAAAGAUGCGCACAUGAAUCAACAGGCUGGAUUGAUUAUUACUGUAAAAUAGGUCAGUUUUUGAUUGAAAAGCAAGUGAUUUCUUGGUGGUCGUUUUACAUGUAUAACAAAAUACAGGGAUCUUCUUCUAAAAUGCUGUGUUUUGAUCAUAAAAUAGUUCAACUUUGCGAUUCUCAUUCUUUUGAUUUGAUAAAAAAGCCACUUUUCUCAAUGGCUGUUGAUGAAAUUUUAAGGAAUGAGACAACUCUUUUUGCAUGCUUCAUUAAAGAGUUGUUGAAUCGAGAAAAAGGGACGACUACAAGCUAUGACUUUCACCAAACAGAGGCAAAUAAAUUGCAUGUUAUAAAGAGACUAUGUACUGUCAUGUCUGCACUGUCGUACAAAGACCUUAUGUCAAAGUUAAUUUCCAAUAUCAAAAAAUACUACCAAAACAAAAGCCUCACAAUAUCUUUCGUGAAACCCUUGGUUGAGUUUUUGAACAGUAAUCAUGUUGAUCUGAUCAAAAGUAGCCACGACUUUUUGUUUUUAAAGAGAGAGCUCAAAAUAUCCGAUAAGGAGACAGAUAAGAGUCACUUUCGACAUAUUUUUGUAUCUCAGCGGGAUCCAAUUCUACGGGCUUGCUAUAUCGAAGAGGGUUUGAUCCAUGCUUCUGCAAUUAAGGAAGGUGUUGAAGAUUAUAUGGAGAAGCUAAGCUCCCUUUUUUCCUUCCCAUCAUUUUCGGACCCUUUUGCUUUCUUCUCUACACUCAUCGAAGCACAUUUGGUUCCAAAUGAAAACAAUGAUCUUUUCCAAAGAAAGGUAAGUAUUGGAUUAUAUUAUUUGAGAUUGAUCAACGAUAUAUUGAUAAGCAGAUACUUACAGGUAGAGGUGAACGCAUUUUUAGAGCUGUGCAAGAUGCACAAAACACUGUGUACUAAAAUCCGCUGGUCAGAUUUUCAGGCAUUUGCGACAGGUAGAUAUUUCUUGUUUGAAACAAUGCGUUAUCAGCUCAAUGUUUUGAGAAUCGCAGAUGGAUUUUGGGAGCUAAAGCCGUUGAUGGAAACGACAAGGGAAUUCCUGCUAGGCGUUUGUUCAGAUGGUAAUCAACAAGAGGCAAUACUUCAAUUAUCCUCCAAGAUCGAAGAAAUUAUCUCUCAGAGUUCAGAUACAUGUUUUAGUAACGAUCUGGAUAUAGACCCUUUCGAGCAAAGCAAGAUGGAGUCAACCCUUCAGGAAUUUAUCAUUAAUAGAGACAUCACUUAG